AUUCUUUGAAGUUCAAAGGUUUAGCAUGAUUCAUAAAGUUACCAACGAAAGUUCUCGUGACAAGAUUUCCGCUUUACUCGAGUCGCAAAACAUCUCUGGGAUAAUCAUAGACAUAUUGUCCGAGACGCGUCUUCUUUUGGAAAAUUUUUUAGAGGAAUCAAAUUUAGAGAACUCUUUCUUGAAAUCAAAUUCUUAUUUGACAAAGCUCUUCCACGUACCAUAUUUUUUCCACCGUGACGUGAAAACUCGGAUUCGUGCUUUAAACCACGUAAUUUCUGUAAUCGGUGAAAAUUCGGAAUCACAUAAAUUUCCAAUAUUCUUAAUAUUCCUCUACAUAUUAAGAAAUGACGACUCUUCCUCGAUUCAUAUUCAUAUUUUAUAUCGCUCCUUGCCAUCCCUUAUUUCCGCUAAUGACUUUGCCAUUACCUCAAAAAUUUUAAAAAUAUCCAUGAGUCUUAUCGAGGGAGAAAACGGUUUCAGAGAGACAAAGUUAUGCGCCGUUGGCAUAAGGAUGUUGCAUAAGCUUUGCAUUCGAUACAAAGGUUGUUGGAAAUCUUUGAGAUUCGUAUUGGCCGAGUGGGUUAAGAAGAGGAAACUUGUCACAGUCUCGAAAUUUGACAAAAUGUACACUGCGGGUGAAGGAUUUGAGGUCGAACUUGCCGUCCUUGCUACCAUGAGAGAUAUGUGUAGGUCAAAUGGAAAAGAUUACGCCGAGGAAUUACUGCCGUUUAUUUCAUCGUUGUUACAAUCUGUAAUCUUACAUCCAAAGAGCUUAUGCUUAAUAAUAGAAUCAUUGACCGCUUGCGUUGAAGCAGAAGUCGCAAAUGCUAGAGCAGGUGACAUAUUCCCGAGUUUGGUUGUUUGGAGUGUUCUGUUGGUACAUGUGGCUAGUGCAAUCACGCAACGAGAGUAUUUUAACGCCCAGCUAAUCUCUAGAUUAUGUGACUUUUACAAAUCUAUUGCUCAGAGUGAUGAGAGUACGGAUCUUUAUUCCGAAUUCAAGAAGGAAAUAUUAUCAUCAUACAUAUGCCCACUAGUGUUUCCUCGGAGAUUUGAUGCAACCGAAGAAGGGGGCCAAAAUAUUCUUUUUCAAAUACAAAGGGAUCGUCGUAUUCUUAGACUUGGCCUUCAGGCGAUAUCAUAUUUUCCUGCUGUCGACAUUCUAUCAUGUAUUUUUCCGGAAUCACCCGAAGCAUUGUUAUCACAAAUUUUCCACGAGGAUGCGGAGGGAGGUUCUGAUCUUUGUCAAAUCGAAGAGUGGCAAUAUGUAUUUGGCAAAAUUAUUUCUCAUGAAAUCA